GUAAAAUUGCAUCCGACUGCGAGAGGAGUCUCAACUCUCACGAACAUAUUCACUGGAUAUAGUCCUUGUUGCUACUCAGGCGUUAAGCGUCAGUUUCAGCUUUGCCUCCAUUCCCGACGCCGCCGUUUGCCACUUAUCGCAGUCUUAGCAUUAAGACCGCUGCCACCGUACACCAAAGUGGGCCGCCAUUAACGGGCCCUGUAUUGAGCUGAGGAAGCGAGGAGCGAUUGCCCUUGCUUGGCUGAUUCAAAUUUUGGGAAAAAUAAAGCAAGCAAAGUUAAGCAUCCAUAUAACUCUAUUUUCUUUGGUUGGUCGUGUGGUGGGUAUCUGCAACUAUUUGUUUUCUUCCCAUGGAGGUCAAUCCACCAGAGACCUCUUUGAGAAAGCCCAAAAGAAAACGAAGCCGGGUAGACCCGGAACUCGAGCGGCUGAACUCAUUGUCGUGGAACCCUUCCCUUACUGAAAAUGAAGAUUCUUUUUCUUUGCUUGUAGGGUCAAAUGAACUUGAAGGAGGUUUCCUUUCACUGGAAGAGAUUGAUGAAGCUGAGUAUGGUUUAGAGAUUCCUGAUCCCAAAGAAGACAAGAGAAAGAAGAAGUCUAAACAUAACGCAGAUUUGAAGAAACAGAAGCUGGGUGAAGUAGAGGGUGCCUUCAAUGAUGAGGCUGGGGUGAAUUUUGAAGAAAACGAGGAUGAGAGUGUGAUGACUAAAAAGAAGGAAAAGAAGAAGAAGGAAAAGAAGAAGAAGAAAAAGGAAGCAGCUGACCAAGUUAUUGAUGUGAAGGAUGAUAAUGAGGAAGAGGACGUUGAUGAAAUGGAAUUUUAUGCAUGGAGUGAGUUGAGACUUCAUCCUCUGCUCAUGAAAGCAAUCCACAAGUUGGGGUUCAAGGAGCCCACGCCAAUACAGAAAGCUUGUAUUCCAGCUGCUGCUCAUCAGGGAAAGGAUGUUGUUGGGGCUUCAGAGACUGGAUCUGGGAAAACUCUUGCUUUUGGUUUGCCCAUUUUGCAACGCCUUUUAGAGGAGAGGGAGAAGGCUGCAAAGAUGGUUGAACAAAGGGGUGAAGAACCUGACAAAUAUGCCCCUACUGGCCUUCUAAGGGCUCUUAUCAUUGCUCCAACUAGGGAACUUGCACUUCAGGUCACUGAUCAUCUGAAAGCAGUAGCCAAAUAUAUCAACGUUAGGGUGACUCCUAUAGUUGGGGGUAUUUUGGCCGAAAAACAGGAAAGACUCUUAAAAACAAGGCCUGAGAUUAUUGUUGGCACUCCUGGGAGGUUAUGGGAACUUAUGUCAGCUGGCGAAAAGCAUCUAGUUGAGUUACAUUCCUUGUCGUUCUUUGUGCUUGAUGAGGCCGAUCGAAUGAUACAAAGUGGUCAUUUUAAAGAGUUGCAAUCAAUAAUUGACAUGCUUCCCAUGUCCAACACUUCUGGUGCUGAUGAUCGUCAACCUGCACAAAAUUGCAUCACAAUUUCAAGCUACCAAAGAAAGAAAAGACAAACUCUAGUUUUUUCGGCAACAGUAGCACUAUCUGCUGAUUUUCGCAAGAAGCUAAAGCGUGCUUCAACAAAACAAAAUCAAUCAGUAUUAGAUGGAUUUAAUUCCAUUGAAGCCCUGUCUGAACGUGCAGGAAUGAGACCCAAUGCUGCCGUGAUUGAUCUCACUAAUCCAUCAAUAUUGGCAGCCAAGCUUGAAGAAUCAUUUAUCGAAUGCAAAGAAGAAGACAAAGAUGCUUAUCUGUACUAUAUUUUGACUGUCCAUGGACAAGGCCGCACAAUAGUAUUCUGUACAUCAAUUGCAGCUUUGCGCCAUAUCUCUUCUCUACUGCGCAUUCUUGACAUUAAUGCUUGGACUCUUCAUGCUCAAAUGCAGCAGCGAGCUCGUUUAAAGGCCAUUGAUCGCUUUCGUGAAGAUGAAAAUGGCAUACUUGUUGCUACUGAUGUCGCAGCGAGGGGUCUUGAUAUUCCUGGUGUUAGAGCAGUUGUCCACUAUCAGCUUCCACAUUCAGCAGAUGUUUAUGUUCAUAGAAGUGGAAGAACAGCUAGGGCUUCUGCUGAAGGGUGCAGCAUUGCUUUAAUCUCACCAAAAGAUACGUCAAAGUUUGCUUCGCUGUGCAAGUCCUUUUCCAAGGACACUUUUCAGCGAUUUCCUUUGGAGAAUUCAUACAUGCCAGAAGUUCUAAAGCGGUUGUCUAUUGCCCGUCAAAUAGACAAAAUAAUGCGGAAGGAUUCACAGGAAAAAGCUCAGAAAAGCUGGUUUGAGCGGAAUGCUGAAUCCGUGGAGUUAGUUACAGAAAAUUAUGACAGUGAGGAGGAAAGAGUUAAGAAAUAUAGGCAAAUGAAAGCCAGCUCUACUCAUUUGAAGAAGUUGCAACAGGAGCUCAAUGUGCUUCUUUCACGUCCCUUGCAAUCAAAACAAUUUUCACAUCGAUAUUUAGCUGGGGCGGGUAUCACACCUCUGAUGCAGGAACAGUUCCAACAAUUAGCCAGGCAAAAGCAAGGAAGUGCAGGAGUAACUGGUAAGGGAAAGUUGGUUGUGAUUGGUCAAGAUUGCGUAGAAGCGCUUCAAGCUUUGCGGAAUGCUGGUGAAGAGGUACGCAUGGAGGUCAAGGAUAUGACAGGGAAGAGGAUCGAGAAUUUGAAACGAAAGAGAAAAGAGGAGAAAAAACGUUUGCGUGACCAGCGAAGGAAGCAAAAGAGAGAGAUGAAAAUGGAGAAUGAAUAUAAUUGAAUAUUUGUGCCUUCCAUUUUGAGUUGUUUCAGUGAAAAGAUUCAGAGAAGAGUUAAUGGUACCGGUUGUUUUGGGGCAUUCCUUUCACCACUGGGUUUGCAACAAUGGUGGAUUAUUGCUCAAGCCUUGACGCACAGAUCCUUCAUAAGUUAUCCUUUAAUACAAAAAUUAAUAUAUGUAUUAUUAUUUAUUAAAAAAAAUUUUCUUGUUUAUAACUAUAAAGGAUAAUGUUUUAUAAAUGAAAUCAUUUUUUCA